CGAAAAUGACUCAUUCUAAUCUAAUGGAAUGGAUGAUGAAGGAGAAAAUACAGCUUCUAGCAAUAUGGCCAAGUAUUGUUGAAGACCUCACGGAUUCAAGGAUAGACAAUGAUAUCCUUAACAGACACAUGACAAAAGUAUUAGAAUAUAAUGUUCCGGGAGGAAAACAAUUUAGAGCAUUAAUGUUAAUAUAUGCUUAUCAGUUAUUAGCAAACAAACAACUUACAAAAGAAAAUAUUCAUCUAGCACGGAUUGUAGCAUGGUGUUUGGAACUGGUGUGUAAUUUAGUGAAACGUAUGUACGUUCUUAUCUGAUACGAUUUUAAACAGUCUUUAAAAACACAGAUGCAAGCUGCUGCUCUCAUGGUUGACGAUAUUCAAGACAAAUCAGUACUUCGUCGAGGUCAACCAUGUUGGUACCGAAGCGAUAAUGUAGGGUUGUCAGUAAUAACAGAUGCUCUAAACUUAGAAAAUUCUGUAUAUUAUCUACUUCAAAAGUACUUCAAAGGGAAAGACUGCUAUGUUAAUCUACUAGAAACAUUCCAUGAUAUGGCACUAAAAACAAUAGAUGGCCAAAUAUUAGACCUACAGCUGUCUAAAAAUUUUAGAAAGAAGCUAAAUUUGAACUUAUUCACAUUGGAUCAAUACAGGUGUAUUGUCAAGAACAAAACGUCGUAUUAUUCAUUUGUUUGUCCACUAUUCUUAGCAAUGCAUUUAGCUGGAAUAAAAGACCCAGAAAAGUUUAAGCAAGCAGAAACGAUUUUAUUGGAAAUUGGACAUUUAUUCCAAGUCCAAGAUGACUUUUUGGAUUUCUUUGGAGAUUCAGAAGCCACUGGCAAAGACAGCACUGAUAUACAACAAGGAAAAUGUACGUGGUUUGUUGUAAUGGCUCUUCAACGCGCCACUCCAAAACAGCGUGAAAUUUUAGAAGAAUGUUACGGAUUUUCGGAUCCGGAAAAAGUCAAACGCGUGAAACGACUUUUUACCGAUUUGGAUUUGCAAAAAAUUUACACGUCAUACAAAGAACAAGCAUAUAAUCUAUUAAAUCAGUGCUCGGAGUUAGUUGCUCAUUUCGAGCCGAUUCUUGAAGCGACGCCCACUGUCCCCCCACUGCCGCUCGCCACUCGACUGUCGAGUCGGCGAUCACGCGGCAGGCGCUCUGCAUCAGGAGCGUCUCUGAGUAAAAAAUACGCUACGCUACCAGCGUAUUUUUCACUCAGAGACGCUCCUGAUGCAGAGCGCCAGCCGCGUGAUCGUCGGCUCGAACGUCAAGCGGCAAACGGUAGUGGGGGAAUAGUGGGCCACUCUUCAGGAAUCGGCUCGAAAUGA